AUGGAGAGCGUCCACAAUACCAAGGUAGACAUCAAGGAAGACACUGAGGCAGAAACCAAAGAAGAAACCAAAGAAGACACCAAAGAAUACACCGAGGAACCCAAGCAGCCAAAGGCGCCAGGAAAUCAGAACAAGACGGAAUCGUCAGCCUACAGUUACAGCUACAGCUACAGCCUACAGGCAACCCCCAGGCAACAUGCGUCAGCCAAUACAAUUACUGUUGCCCAGAACUCUAGGCCACAGGCGUCUGUUUUACAGCCUCAGCCUACAGCCAAUGCAAUUACCGUCGCGCAGACCCCGAGGCAACAGGCGCCUGUUUUACCUGCUGUUGCAGCGGUACCAGCCGAUGCAUCUACUGUUGUGCAGACCUCCAGGCAACAGGUGCCUGCCUUGCCUGAUGUUCCAGCGGUAGCUCCCAACAGAAUUUUGCCCCCGGCUAUCCGGCGGCGGAGGGGCAUCCGGAGACUGGCUAUCAGCCAGGACAGAGAAAUGGCAGACCCCGAAAAGUACCGCAUGAUGGUUACCAACGUCACGUUUGUAGCCGUCCAGACCAUGCUGGAGAUUCUGAAAAAGUACAAGGGGAUGAAGGAAUACGAGGACAUGGACUUCGUGUUCUCAGAGGACUAUGCCUCGUAUCUGGUCGACCAAGCCCUGUACACUGUACUUAAUUUGGCACCUGCGAACGCUAGACUGCUUGCGCCGGAUGGCGGGCCACAAUACGGCGGAAUUUUGAAAGAUGUCGUGGGCGAGUACAUGAAGUCUGUCUUGGAUGACUAG